CUUAGGAGUUAGUUGUCUCUCACUGUUAACGUCAAGGGUUGUAUCAGGCCACAGCUGUUUAUUCCAAUGAUUAUCUCUUGAUUCAGUGUUUCUGGCCCUCUACAAUGUCUUCGGCCCAUAGAUAGCAGUAACAGUGUAAGAAUGUGGAGGGGUUGGUCCGAGGGAGAUCAAGGGGGGUCUCCUCCUCCAGACCCCCCAGCAGAGCAAGGUGAUACCAGUCCAGAAGAAGUUGUGUUAGUAAAGCAAGAGUUGGGAGAUCUGCAGGAUCAAUUUGACCAGCAGCAAGCCUUAAUAGGACACCUCAAAGAUAUGCUCAAGAAAAAAGAAUCCGUACUUGAUUCUAGGGGAAAAGAAGUUGAGGACUAUGCUGCUCGGUUGGCUAGAAUGAAACCUCGUUUGGGAAAGGUGGGUGCUAAGAAGAAGUCGGUGCUUCCAGAAAGAAUAGAGCCACUUGGGUCUUCUGAGGACUCUAUAACUGUCAGUGAAUCAGGAGUUAGUGGUGAAACUGGAGUUCAUGGUGCUGCUGGAGGGAGGCUGGUGGAGGAGAAAAAACUACCUUCCUCUGAGAGUGGUAGUAGGGCUAAGAUAUUACUUCUGAGAAAGCAGCUGGAAGAGAAUCGAAUUAAGUUUGAGCGUCAGCAGAAAGAGAAUGCUGAGAAACGAGCAUCCAUGGAGGAAAUGAAAUCAAGAAUCGAUCGACUACGAACCGAAGUUGAACAACGAGAUAAUGUAAUUCAGUCGUUGCAAGAGGGUAAAGGAGCGAUGUCCGAUGAAUCAAUUACACAGAAACUGUAUCAGCAAAUUGUAUACAAAGACAAUACUAUUUUAGAGUUGACACAAAAAAAUGACAGAUUAGAAGGAAUAAUUCAAGAGCAACGGGAAUCCCUAAGUGAAAAAGAUCGAGUGAUUGAAGCUAGAACUGAAGCAGUAUCACUGAUUGCAAAGGCUCAGGAUGAAAAGAGUCUAAAGACCUUGGAAGAAUUAGAGGAAGUCAGAUAUCAAAUGAAAAAAAUGCAGGAAAACUUUAUUGCAAAGGAGCAGGAGUUUGUAUCUGAGAAAGAUUCCUUGGCAAAGGAAUUAAAAGAAAAGGUUAAGAAGGUAACUCAGCUUGAAGAAAAUGGACGUCGUUUAGAAAACCUUCGUUUUGAGCUCAGCACUCGAAAUGCAGAGCUGCAGGAAAAAAUUGUCACACUUCAAUCUGAUAUUAAAUCAUUAAGAAAUCAAUCAGAAGUGGAUAGAAAAGCUUCUGAGGAGAAAGAUUCCCUUCUUCAAGAACUCAAGCAAAAACUUGUUAAAGCAGAGGCUCAUGGACAGAGAAAAUUCAAAGCACUAGAAAAGCAAUUGAGAAAUAUAAAGGGAGAUGGUAAUGCUGGAGAGCAAAUUUUACUGUUACAAAAUUCAAUAGCAGAAUUGGAAGAGGAAAAGGGGAACCUACAGUUGAAGUUGGUUGACUUUGAUGACCUGAGAACUGCAAAUGAAAAAUUGACAGUUCUUAGAAAUAAACUUGAGGAUCAAGUGAAGCAGCUUAACAGUGAUUUAGACUCUCAACUGAGUGCUAUCACCCUUCUUGAGACAGAGAAAAUCAAGUUGGUUGAAGGCACCAAUGAACGUGAAAAUCAAAUAUUUGAUCUUGAGUCAGAGCUGAAUAGUGUUAGGACAAGUCUCGCAGAAGCCAAUCAGGCAAAAGUUACUCUUGAGCUUCGACUUUGUGAGGUAGAGGAACAGAGAGACAUUGCAGAGAAGGGAAGAAUAGAACUGGAAAAUCAAAUGUCAGAAUCAGGGCAAGCACCAUUAGAACAAUUAAUAGAAGAGAAAGGUAUUUUAGAAGAGUCUUUACAGAGUAGAAUAAAGGAGAGGGAUGAGUGGGUGGAAAAAUAUUCAAAUCAGGUAACAACUGUGCAGGAAUGUGAAGAGAAAACAAAAGCAGCCCUAGAAGAAAAAGAAUUAAAAGUCAGAGAAUGUAAGCGCCUUAUGAAUAUCCUAACUGAUAAAGAAAAUACAGUUGCCACUCUGUCUAUAAAGAUUGAUAAAUAUGAUAUUGUUGUGGCAGAUGUUGACAACAGGUUAAAGGUAGCAAAUGAAACAAUAGCGAAGAAUAAAGUGGAAUUUGAAGACUUGAUGCACAAGCUCCAGCAAGAGUCUGGAAAGAUUUAUGAGGCAUCCAAAACUAUAGAAGAUUUGGAAGCUAAACUGUCACGUGCCUCAACAGAUUUUCACUCCCAAGAAAAUGAAUUGGCCUUAGCAAAUGAAACCAUUGAAAGUCUGAAUAGGACCAUAAAUGAAAAAAAUAUAACCAUCCAAAAUCUGGUUGGAGAGGUUUCAAUGUUACAGGACCAGAUCAAACGGAAGGAAAAGACCAUAGACGAUCAUAUUAAUAUGCUUGUAGAGUUGGAGUCUCAACUAAGCAUUCGGGACCACAAGAUUGAAGAAUGUCAUGCCUCAUUAGUGCAGAAAGAGGAACAACUUUCAACAAAGAGUUUAGUGGUUGAUAAAUUGAAUAAUGACCUUAGGAACAUUUCACAGCAAUUAGAAACCACAAAAGUGUCGUAUGAGUCUGAGUUAAAUAUACUCUCAGCCAUGCUAAAUGACUCAAAAAAUCAAGUGGAAGCAUCUCAGGAGGAUAUUCUGGUUAAAGUUAAGGAAAUUCAAAAUAAUCAGACAAUGAUUUCAAAAUAUGAGCAGGAAGUCUGUGUUAAGAAUUUAUUAUUAGAUGAACAACAAGGUGAUAUUAAACAAUUAGAAGCAAAAUUUGCCUCCCUUGGUUCCUUACUGACAGAAAAAGAAGCUUCCAUAUUGAAGUUUCAGGCAGAGUUAGAAGAAAAGACAUCAUGUGUAGAAAGCCUUAAUUCACAACAAUCUACAUUGAAACAAAAAAUAAAUCAGUUACUAAAAGAAAAUUUUGAACUGACUACAAUGAAGACCAGUUUGGAAGACAAUUUGUGUGAGGUCCAAUCAUUAGUUCAUGAAAAAGAAGAGAAUAUACUGCAUUUAAAUUCAGAAAUGACUUUAAGAUCUGACCAGCAAAAUCAGGAUAUUGAAAUACUUAAAUGUACACUUGUUGAGAAGGAACAGUAUGUAAGUGCAGUGGAAACAACAAUUGGAAACCUCAAAAAUGAAAUGGAGAGUAAGGCUUCAGAAGCAGAGAAAUGGCAGACAGAAGCCUUAGAAAAGAAUAAGUGUCUUGAUGAAGUUACACAGCAGCUAGAAUGUAUUCAGUUGCAAACUGAGGAGAAGGAUGCUGUAGUGAGGGACUUACAUACCCAGCUAACUCAGAACCAGGAACAGCUUGUUUAUGCUCAAGAACAAAUUUCUCACACCCAUAAUCAAUUAGUUGAACUUCAAGAGCAAUUUGCCCAAAAUGAAAAUGAACUCAGACAAACACAGGACCAGCUGAAUGAAACUCAAAUUCAACUAUCACUAGCACAAGAACAGUUGGACAAAUUCAGAGAAGAACUUUGUGUAGCUGAAACGCAGCUCCAAGACACUCAGUCUCAGUACAAAAACGUCACCACAUUGGCAUCUCAGUUUGAAGAACAGUUGCAAUUGAAAGCAAUGAACCUUGAGAAGAUGGAGACACAAAUAGUCUGCCAACAGGAAAGUAGUACAAAGGAGAUGGAGACAGUCAGAACAGAACUCCAGGAACUCAAGUCAGAGGUUACCAGAUUGGAAAUGGAACUACAGGCAAGUAAAGAAUAUGCAGAAAACUUGGAAGUUGGUUCGUCAAAAAUACAGGAAUGGGCUACGGAGUUACAGAAUGAGUUAGAAAAUGCAAAAUUAAAUCGAGAUUCUGCAACAAAUGACCUCAUUGGCACUAAAGAAGAGAUUGCCUCCAGAAAGAAUGCACUUGAAAAACUACAACAUGCCUUAGAAGAACAACAGCAAAGAGCAGAGUCAUUACAAACAGAACUGACUCAAGCUAUCUCCUCCCAAGAGCAACAUCAGCAGAGAGCCGAUUCACUCCAAAUGGAAUUGACUCAGGCUCUCUCUCUUCAACAAAAAAGUGAAAGUGAAGUUGCUGCUCUUUCACUCUCACAACAGCAAAACAUUACUCGUCUAGAAAGUGAACUCCUGUCUGUAAGUCAGGCAAGGGACCAGUUGCAAACAGAAUUUGAUAAAAACUCACUGUUACUACAGAAUCAAGUUGAAACUAUUUCCCAACUGAAUGCCAGUAUUGAAAGCUUUAAUUCACAAAUUAAAGAAAAUGAUGAAGAAAUUAAGAGCUUAAAAGAAAGUGUUUUGGAACAUAAGAAUAGAGUACCUGAAGGUGAAAAUUUAUUUGUGAAUUUGGAAGGACUUGAGGCAAGGAUAGAUAAUAGGGUUGAUGCUUGCCAAUCUGGAGUGCUUGGUACCAUGGAAGAACACAGACAAACGACAGAGGCUGAGCUACUAAGUUUGAGAGAAGAACUUGCAGCAGCAGAACACCAAACCCAGUUUUUGGAAGAGGAGUGUGAUGGUCUUCGUACUGAUGCCAACACCGUAAAGCAGCAAUUACAAGAGGCACGGCAAACAAUCACACAGCUUCAGACAACUCUUGCCACACAGUCUCAGAACACUGCAACAUCAUCAUCAGGUUGGGAUGACUGGGGAGAGGUAGAUCUUGGAACACCAGAGCCAAAGGAAAUGCCAAACUUGGAAAACUCUUUGGUAAAUAGUCUUCAGAAAUCUUUAGCAGAUAAAGAUGAAUUGUUGAUGAUGAUACAGGAUCAGCUUAAAGAAGCUCUCCAACAGAUUAAUACAAUUACUGAAGAGAAAAAAGUCUUAGAACAGCAGAGAAAGAGUACAGAAGUCAAUUCUGUUCAGCAAAAGCAACAGUGGGAACAAGAUCGAGAAGAGUUACAUAUAUUAAAGAAGAGAUUGGAGGACUUAGCUUCCAUACAGAGUACUCUAGAGCAAGAGAGGCAAAAAAUAGCCAUCCUCGAAGAAAAACUUAGAGAGAGACAAAAUGACAUUGAGCUGCUUCAGCAGCAGGUGAUCCCUCCAACUUUUGCACAACAUGAGAGUGUACAUGAACAACUACAGCAUUCUGAAGUAUCUGGUUAUUGGCCAGUUCAGGAACAAACACCUGGAGUUUGGUCAGUAGGUGAACAGACAACUAAUGUGUGGUCAUCAGUUGAGCAUCCAGCAAGAGGUUACCAUGUGUCUGAUCAAGAAGCAACAACUACAACACAACCUGAAGAACUGGCACAAGCUACACCAGUAGUAAAUCAGUUAACAGGAGGUACACCAACUACUGAUCAGGGUACAGCACUUGUAACAACUACUAUGCCAAAUAUCCAGUGGAGCCAACCAGAAGGCAAUGAUUCUUUCUCUUUCUUGCAAAAAACUCCAGCAGAUAAUGAACAAGAUCCAUCUAGUUGGUUUGAUGAGCAGCACCAACAAGAAUCUGAAAUCUCUACACAGUCAGUACAACCCAUUGAAAAAAUGGUGGCAGAACAACAGAUACAAAAUGCACAGAAACAGCAGGAACAGUCAGAGGAGGCAGUUAAUGUUGAAGACUUGAAAUACAAACUCUCCUGGUAUGAGGAACAGUGGGCAACUUGGACGGGCUACUAUACAGAACUACAGACUAGCUUCCAAGAAGCUGAGCAAAAGGUGACUUAUCUGACACAGCAACUGCAAGAUUAUCAGCAGAGUGUGCAACAGGAGACUGACAUCACAGCAGAUGAUCCGACACUAUCUAGUGCUGAUAUUGUUGAUGAAAGUAAAGUGCAGCAGCACGAACAAGAGAUCUUGGAACUACAAAGCAAAUUGUGUAAGGUUGAAACAUCUCAUCAGCAAUUGAAGGAAGAAAACCAUAAUCUGCAACAGCAGAUUAGUCGAAUAAGUGAAUUAGAGGAACAACUUGAGAAGCUGACAAAAUCUUCACCAAAUGCAGAUCGCUUGGAGGAUGCUGAAGCUGAAGUAGAUCGUCUCCGAGGCUUUGAAACACAAGUGUAUGAACUACAGAGCCAAGUUCAAGCUCUCCAACAUCAAUGUACAGCCAUGCAGAACAAACUAGCUGAAGCAGAAACUGAGAGAAUGCGUCUUCUUGAGGUGGAGGCCCUAUAUGGUGAACUCCAGUCAUGCAUACAGGAAUCCGAGACCAAACGUGAAGGUUCCAAAUCACGUGUACAGGAGUUAGAGUUAAUGGUUCAGUCAGCAGAAUCAGAAAUAUCUAGACUGAGGAAUGAAAUUGAAGUGCUAAAUCAGGCUGGCCAGGACGUGGAAACUGACAGAGAAAGGCUACAGACUGAUGCACAGGGCUUGGGUGCAGAGAUGACAAAACUUAAUAGUGAGGUGCUACAGAUACAAAACGAAGUUGAGUUGUACAAGGCUGAAAACAUGAGACUACAAAUUGAAGUAGAUCACUUUAGAAAUGAGACUGUCAGACUUCAGAGUGAAGGAGAAUCCUAUAAGGCUGAAACGCUGAGACUGCAGACUGAAGGCGAGUGUCUCAAGGAUGAAACUGCAAAAUGUCAGACUGGGAUAGAUUAUUACAAGGCUGAAAUGAGUCGACUUGAGGGUGAAAAUAGGGAUCUAGAUGAUGAGGUGACAAGAAUAAGAAGUGAACUGCAGAGAGGAGAUCGUGAAAAUAACCAAUUACGAAGUGAAGUUGAAGUUAUGGAAGGUGAACAUGGAAGAUUACGAAGUGACUAUGAAAUUCUUGAGGCAGAAAACAAUAGAGCAAGAGGGGAAUAUGAAGCAUUGUCUCAAACAAAUCAAAUGACUGAGGCAGAAAAAGAGAGUUUAGAAAGUGAAGUACAAAGAAUGACGGCCCAUAGUAUGGCAAUAUCUUCCGAAAACGAACACCUACGUGACGAGAUCCAGAGACUUACAGAGGUCAGCACAUCAGCUGAGUCAGAAAUUGCCCGGUUAAGAACUGAAAUUGAAAGGUUUAAAUUACUUGAUUCACAGUAUAAUGAUCUUGAAUUAAAAUACAAUGAAUUGCAAAAUCAGGUUGCUACAAUAGAAUCUCACCCCAGUAGUAAAAAUACUUCAGAAUCUGAAACACACAGUUUAAUUGUUGAAGAAGUAGAUUGGAGUGCUGAAGGAAGAAUUGAGGAUGAACAUCUUUUGAGGUCAUCAUCUGUAGACCAAACAUAUCAGAAGGAAAUAGAUAGUCUUAAAGCCAAAGUAAUUGCCCUUGAGAAAGAUAAGAAUAGUCUUAAUGAUGAAUUGCAGGCUGCCAAAAUGAAGAGUGGAAAAAUGUUGCAGAAAUUCAAGUUAACCCAGAAUAAGAAUGAAGCUUUAAAUAAGGAGGUACAGAAAUUAAAAGCAAAAGCUGGAGGCUUUUCUGAUCUUGACCAAGCACUAGAGGAAGAAUGGAAGGCACAAGUAACAAGAGCAGAAACUGAGAGGGAUGAGCUAAAACAGAAACUAGAUGAAGUUGAAAAUGAAAAGGAACGCUUGGUUAGCCAAGUUGAUGUUCUCACUGUAGCUCAGGAGAAAUAUUUAGAUCUAAAAGAGGAUCAAGACACUACUAUCAAACUUUUGAAAACUCAUAACAAGGAGCUUGAGGGUCAGCAGCAAGCCCUUGAAUGGAGGAUCUCGGAACUGGAGGAGAUUGUAGAGCAGCAACAGACACAGGAAACACAAUCCCAGGCUUCUUCAGUCCAAGCUGUAACAGACCAAGGACUUGUAGCACAAGCCUCUGAUGAAGUGGAGUCUUUGAGAGUACAAAUUUCAUCACUUCAUCAGGAGAUUAAGAUUUUGAAAUCAGAGAAUGAAAGAUUGCAGAUGUUGUCUGAAGAACUCGAAGAAAAGGUUGAGAGCCUUAGUAGUGAUAAUAAUUCCUUCCAGUCCUUGAUAGAAAAACUAAAAGAGGCCAAAACCAAAGCUGAAAGUGACAUAAAUAAUUAUAAGUCUACAUAUAUAGAACUUGAUGCUGAGCAUGCAUCUCUAAAGAAAGAAAAGGAGACGGUAAAUGAAGAGUUAAAAGAGCUUUCAUACACUCAAGGCACAUUAAAAGCUGCCUAUAACUCGUUGUUUGCUGAAUACAAUGAUCUACGAGAUGUUUGUGACAGUCAUAAACAUGACAUAGGGAUCAUAAAAGGAGAAAGGGAUCGUUUGGUAGAAGAAGUUGACAGCCUGAAGAAGCAAUUGCAGGCAUUGCAUGAGGAAGAAGAGGAGGAAACUAUUCGUGCCUUACAGGAUGAGUGCUUCAGCCUUAGAGAACAAAAUAACUUGUUGCAUGAAGAGAAUACUGCACUAGAAGUACAGGCUGUAGAUGCCAAGGACAAGGCCUCUCGUGUUGGCAAUGCCCUGGAGCAGAAUCUCGAGAUGCAAAAGCUCCUGCGGGAUGAAUUAGUAAAGAAGUCGGAAGAGAUUAGCUUCCACACAACAACCAUUGAUGGCCAAGAACGACAAAUAAGUUACAUGAAGGCAGAAUUAGCAUCGAUGAAAACAAAGCUAGCACAACAGAGCCAGGCUGAGGAGAGCACCACUAAAACAACACAAGAAUUAGAGUUACAAGUGGAGCAGUUACAAGAACAAAUUAUGCAGUUACAUCACCAGCUUGAGACAGCAGAGGCAUCCCUCACCAUGCUUGCAGGAACAAAUAAGGAUGAUGAUGAUGCUGUGUUCACUCCAUCAGCAUCUUCUGGCACAGAACUAGAAGCAGCUUUAGCAUCACUCCACUUGCGGGACCUUCGAUGUCAACAGCUGUCAUUUGAGAUCACAAAGCUUCUUGAAGAAAGAGAUGCUUUGCAGCUCAAAUUAAGUGCAUCUCUAAGACAGACACAAGAACUCAGUCGAGAAUUGAGUCUUAGUCACCAGUUACCUGCUCCAGUCUCCCCUGAGCCAUCCUUGGACCAAAAGUUAGCUGAACUAAGAGAACUGAAUGACUCUCUAGAACAGAAAGCCCUUUCAAGUCUCCAGAGUGCAGUGUCAACCAGCAUGGGCAGGAGAAUAACAAUUGGUGGUCUUCCUCCUCCUCCCAUGUUUGCCCCUCACACGGCUCCUCCUACUCCGACAGCUACCAGGCAUGCCGACUACACACUCAAUUCUCCCACAGCUCGAGAGGCUCAGGGCACGUCAUCCACGCUCAUUGAUUGGAUAUUGGGCAAGAGUACACCUCGAGUGUUGCACGUGUGAUUGAAGACCCAGGCAGCUUCCUGCACUGAGCACUCACUUCUAUUAGUGAUUCACAUGGGGAAGCUCCUGGUACCAUGUAAGAGAAGAAGAUGGAAAACAUUCUUUUGGCUGUAUUUUAUUUUCUUGCAUUUGUUUCUUCUCAUUGCAAUCUCCCAUGCUCUUCCUAGAUAAAAAUGACUACAUCAGACAUAAGUUCAGUUGUAAUUAUCCAGAACAUUUACAGUUUAAAGGCUUGCUUUAUAUGAUCAGUAUCAAGAAAAUUGAAAAGUAUGAUUGGAAAAUUGUUCCAUUGAUUCAGAUGAUAAGGGACUGUGCAAACUUUUGCCUUGUGAUGGAUGUAACAGUACCGUACUGGCAUUGCCCAACACAUGUGUACAUAAAUUGUAAGUAGUGAUUGGACAGUUUCUUGCCACACAGUUGGAGUGAGAUGAUAUAAUUUGAACAAGUGGACAUCCUGUAUAGUCUUUGAUGUUACAGUAAACCCCCAAUCUAACAGACUACCCAGUAAUUGGGGGAAGGCCAGUCCAUUAAAUCUAGAUUCGGAAUAAUAACAGACUCGGUCCGUUAUAUGCCAACAUAGUCCUAAGUGAACACAUGGGUCACUUUCACCACCACCACACGCCAUCACCACCAGCACUCACCAUCACCACCAACACUUACCACCACCACCACCAACACUCGCCUAAAGGGGAGCAUCCGACUGAACAUACAAUGAAAAUCGGAAAAUUACGAAAAUAUUCAGAAAAAUUCCCGAGGAAAGCUGUUGCCUAUGGCUAUCUGCUGACGUAUUUUGAUUGCGUAAUUCAUAAUAUUUAUGUAGCUAUGCAUGAUUGUACUAUACCCCCCUUUCAUAAAGGGGGUCCUUCUGUUUAUGUAGCAAAAGCUGUAGAAAAGUAUUUAUAAUAAUAUUUUGGUGUAAAGUAAUACCAAUCACUUGGUAAAAAUCUGUAUCUGGCACCUCUCUCAGCUAGCUAGCAGCAGAACAAGAGUCUUAGUCUUCUUGUAGUUCUCAGUUACCCAUGAAAGAAGCAAGAGUUAGGUUCGACCAUGUGUUGCUCUCGCGCCACCCUUAUCGGCCCAUAUCUCGAAACGAGUUUUUCUAACCUUCAAAUCCCUAAGACUCAGCCAUUUAUGGGCCAAUUCUAAUAAAAUAAAACUUGGUAGUGGAAUAACGUAUUGAGCAUGGCUGAACAUAUAGAUUUUCUUUAUAUUUGGCUUGGUUUAUUGUUUGUUGAUUUACCUUUAUUAAUAUUUGGAGGAAAAAAUGGUGAGUUAGGACAAAACUCGUGCACCCAAAACGAAAGUAGUAAUCAGAAUUUUCUAUAUGACACGUUGAAGAGGAGUAAAUUACCUAUACUCCAUUUAAAUUUCAAUGUAUUCUAGCAAAAAGUUAUGGAGAAGUAGGAUUUUGAAAAUUGAUAAGAAUAUAAGGGGAAAAAUCGGGUACACUAUUAGGGAUUAAGCAGAACCGAUUCAGGGGUAUAGCAACAAUGUAUCUGGCAUCCUUAAUUGCUGACAGGAAAUUGAUAUUAAUUGAUCAAUUAUUAACGAAUUUCGUGCUUCAGCCAGACGCUCCCCUUAACUACUAACAUUCAUCGCCACCACCAACACUCAUUAUCACCACCAACAAUCAUCCUAGUCACCACCAACACUCAUCAUCA